AUGAUGUUGUUUCCCAGCCGUUUGUUGUACUUAUUGGCUGUGCUUCUGAACGUUUUGUGUGCGUGUGCUGUGACUGGUGAGCUUGAAGUCAAACGUUGCGAUGGUAAUUCUGAGUGUCUUCCUCCUGCACCAUUUCAACAAGAUUCCCAUGGUUCCGGUGAACUUCCUGAAUCUACUGAUGAUGUUCAUUCUCUUAAUCCUGCACUAGAAAUACCGGUUCCUGUUCCAUCUGGUCCUGAGUCUCGUAUAGCUGAAAGCAGUAAACUUCACAAUGGGGAUGUAGAUGUGGGAACUCAUUCAACACGAGGUGGGACUGAGCUUCCCAGUGGAGAAUAA